AUGGCGUCUAUUACCCGUGCGUUGCGGCCUUUGUCGCGCACUGCUACCUCCGCCCGCCUUAUCGCAAGACCACCGUUGUCGGCCAGGCUAGCUGUGAGCAGCACCCAUGCGUUUUCCACCACCUCCCGCCGGCGGGAUAUCGACCUGUCCGGACUGACGCCCACCCCGAUCACCUUCCUCUCCGAAACAGAGUCCUUAAUGUCUGAAUCCGUCAAUAAGUUUGCUCAGGAGCAAAUAUCGCCCAAAGUCAGAGACAUGGAUGAAGCGGAGACCAUGGACCCUGCCGUGGUCGAGCAACUCUUCGAACAAGGACUGAUGGGCAUUGAAAUUCCGGAGGAAUACGGUGGUGCGGGGAUGAACUUCACGGCGGCGAUUGUAGCGAUUGAGGAGCUUGCUCGCGUCGAUCCUAGUGUCAGUGUUCUUGUAGACGUUCACAACACCCUAGUCAACACCGCUAUCAUGAAGUACGGUGACGCGCAGGCAAGACGCACAUGGCUGCCCAAGCUGGCUACUGGCACCGUCGGCUCUUUCUGUCUGUCGGAGCCGGCCUCCGGAUCGGACGCGUUCGCCUUGCAGACUAAGGCCGAGAAGACGGCCGAUGGGUACAAGAUCAACGGAUCGAAGAUGUGGAUUACCAACGCCAUGGAAUCCGGCGUGUUCCUUGUCUUUGCCAAUCUUGACCCUAGCAAGGGUUACAAGGGUAUCACCGCCUUCAUCGUGGAGAAGGACACCCCGGGAUUCUCCAUUGCGAAGAAGGAAAAGAAGCUGGGCAUCCGGGCCAGCAGCACCUGCGUGCUCAACUUCGACGACGUCCUGAUCCCCAAGAGCAACCUGCUUGGUGAAGAAGGCCAGGGAUACAAGUACGCCAUUAGCAUUCUGAACGAGGGACGAAUUGGUAUCGCCGCCCAGAUGACCGGGUUGGCCCUCGGCGCCUGGGAGAAUGCCGCACAAUACAUCUGGAACGAUCGACGCCAAUUCGGCCAACUGAUCGGCGAGUUCCAGGGUAUGCAGCACCAGGUGGCACAAGCGUACACUGAGAUCGCAGCCGCCCGUGCGCUGGUCUACAACGCGGCACGCAAGAAGGAAGCGGGACAAGACUUUGUGCAAGAUGCCGCAAUGGCGAAGUUGUAUGCUUCGCAAGUUGCUGGCCGCGUGGCUGGCUCCGCAGUGGAGUGGAUGGGAGGCAUGGGCUUCGUGCGUGAAGGUAUCGCGGAGAAGAUGUUCAGGGAUAGCAAGAUCGGCGCCAUCUAUGAGGGAACCAGCAACAUUCAACUGCAGACGAUUGCCAAGUUGCUACAGAAGCAGUAUACUCGCUAA